GGAGCUGAAGGCUGUUUUUUGCCAGCUGGUCGCUGCGACUCGCAGCUACGUCAACUAUUUAAGACAACAACAAGUUAACUUAGGCAUUUCAUUACAAACAGCGAGCUUUACAAAUGUCGCAACGGACCAACAGGACUCCACAGCAUGACGUUGAAAAACUCUAACGGGGAGUCAGGCUGAAACUGCCAAGCCUCAUGAAAAAGAGAGUUUUAUUGUCCUAGCUUGCUGGCUAACGUUAGCUAUUUGUCUGGUGGAUACAGACGGAGAGGGAUGUCUUUACGGUACAAAUACCGGCGCCCUCCGCCGAGCAUAAAGCAGGGUCAUGAUGAAGACUCGGAUGCGGAGGAGCCUCCACCGGGUCUGCUGAUCAGGGUGGACGGGCUGGAGAACCAGGUCAUCCACAGCGGACACUUCAUGGUGUCUUCGCCGCACAUCGAGCACCCUCCGAAGAAAGGCUACGACUUCGACACUGUCAACAAACAGACCUGUCAAACUUAUCAUUUUGGGAAGGCGAGCAUGUCCCACCUCUCCAUAGAUGCUUCACUGACCAAACUCUUUGAGUGCAUGACUCUAGCGUACAGUGGGAAGUUGGUAUCUCCCAAAUGGAAAAACUUCAAAGGUCUAAAACUGCUUUGGAGAGACAAGAUCCGUCUCAACAACGCCAUAUGGAGAGCCUGGUAUAUGCAGUAUGUGGAGAGAAGGGAGAAUCCUGUGUGUCACUUUGCAACUCCCCUGGAUGGAAACAUGGACUUGGACGUCCAUCGUCCUGCAGAGGGCAUUGCCACAGAGGGGAAAUGCUUGAAAAGGAGGAUUGAAAUUGUCAUCAGAGAAUACCACAAGUGGAGAACAUACUUUAAAAAAAGGUUACAAAAGCACAAGGAUGAUGACCUCUCAAGCUUACUUAAGGGACCCGAGGAGCAGUUUUCGCUGUUUGGGGAAGUCUCUCCAGACAUGCUCCGUGUCUCAUUUUAUCAGGAUGAAGAGACUGCAGUUCGCCGUGUGCCUCGUAGGCAUAAUGAAAUGCCGGCCCCCAUGGAGAUGGACCCCCUCUUUGACAUGGAUGUUCUGAUGUCUGAGUUUUCAGACACGUUGUUCUCAACCUUGGCCUCGCACCAGCACAUAGCAUGGCCUAAUCCAAGGGAGAUUGCUCAUGCUGGGAACGCAGACAUGAUCCAACCUGGACUCAUCCCUUUACAACCCAACCUAGACUUCAUGGACUCCUUUGAUCCACUGCAAGACUUAUUUCACAGCCUCCGUCCGCCCGUCUUCCCCUCUGUUUUACCCACUGCACCAUCUGUCACCCCUCUACCCAGCAGCAGCUCUCGGUCCCAGACCCAGUUAAUGUCCUCCAUGCUCACGAGCAACCACAUAUCCCCUCCUGGCCCUCUGCCCAUCCCCUCUCCCAUGGCCAGUCAAACCAGUCCAACAGGAGGUGCUGGGGGUGGUGGUCGUGAUUCUGUCUAUGCAAGAGACUACAUGCCUCUAUUUCCUGGGCAGGUGGCGCCCUGUGAUCUAAGAGUAGCUUCCUCAGUCUCUCAGCCAUUAAGCCAUGAUCCGUUAUUGCAGUGCCUUUCUGGUCAGGACUUGACCUCAGCACCAGCUCUGAUGGUUCCCUCACCGUUGGACAAUACCUCAGCACUGGAUGAGACGCACACCGCCCCCUCUACAGUCCCACCCAGCGAUGCAGCCUCCACCUUCAGCCAGGCCUCAGAGUAUGGCUCCAUAUCUGCACCCCCUUCCCAACUGCAGUCCUUGGCUCCAUUACCGGCCCCUCCUGUCAGGCACCCUCAGACUUUUGUCCUGCCUCGCCCCUUUCAGUCAUCCAGUUCCAACAAAAAUCGCCCUGUGCAAAGGAUUGCUCCUGCGAACACCCUCCCCACCUCCCACCUCAUCCUCACAGCCCCUUUCCCAGGUCAUGCCAACGCUGUUAUUGUUACACCAACACCUCUGAAAGCAGACGUCCAUAAUACUGGAGUAGUCAUCGCUCCUUCUCAACUUGGAGGGGCUCCUGGAUUUCACGUUGUGUCUCACAAGUCUCCACAACUGAUAGUCCCCAAAGAAAAGUCUUCUAACCGCAAAAAUCAAAAAGCCUCCUCCAGUGCCGGUCACAGUCAGCCAGGAUCAGGUCAGGGAUCACCGUGUGGGUUAGAUCAAGCUCCUAGUCCCCAGUCGCUGAUCAGCAGCAGCACUGUAACGCUGGUGAAGAUUGAACAAAACCAGAGCCGAAGGACAACACACAUAUCUGCUGAGCAAAAGAGACGAUCAAAUAUAAACAUUGGCUAUAAAACACUCUGCAACCUGAUCCCUACUUUAAAGUCCCAAUCCAAUAUCAGUAAUGCCAUCACGUUGCAAAAGACUGUGGAUCACAUUGGGAAGAUCCAGCAGGAGAGGCAGCAGAUGCAGGAGGAGGUCAAAAGACUACGAGAGGAGAUAGAGGAGCUCAACGCCUCCAUUAACUCGUGUCAGGAGCAGCUGCCUGCGACAGGGGUGCCCAUCAGGAGGAACCGCUUCGAACACAUGCAGGAGAGGUUCAAAGAAUAUGUGAAGAACCGCACCCUGCAGAACUGGAAGUUCUGGAUUUUUAGCAUCAUUAUCAAGCCUCUGUUUGAUUCAUUCAAUGAGAUGGUGUCAACCACAAGCAGAGCAGAGCUGUGUCAGACCACGUUGCAGUGGGUCGAUCGUCACUGCUCCCUCCCAGUGCUCAGACCCAUGGUGCUGAGUACUCUUCGCAAGCUGAGCACAAACACGUCCAUCCUAAGCGAUCCAUCCCUCCUGCCUGAAGAAGCCAUCCAGGCCGUUUCACACACAGACGUGUAGCCUCGCUCUCAGAGGUGAGGCGGCCAAAAAAAACACCUGAAACUUUUAAAGCAAUCAUCAAAAUGACAUAUCACUAGUUCACCUUACAGCCGCUCAGCAAGGACACCACGUCUUCCACAGAUCCUCCACCUCCCUGAAAAAUAAACAAAAUGAAAAAAUGCGAGCUAGGUCUGUCCUACUUUCACUCUGUAUGUACGACGGUCCUACACUUGUUGUGUUGUACGUUGCUUCUUGGGAAUAAUGCACACAGGGGGCCUUAUCUUUUACAUUACUUUUAUAACAAUAGUGCAAAAAUGGCUUUAUCAUGUUGUAUUUUAAUGACAACUACGUCUACCUUCGCCUAUAUCAGGUGAAGAUCUUUUGAAAAAAUCGAAAGGUGGUACUUUUUGUUUAUUUGUGAACAACAAUAUAUAUAAAAAAUUACUUGCAUGAUGUGAAAGCACAACAAUGUGUUGGAAAGGGAAUUAUUGAGUGAUUGUUCAUCUUAUGUUCUCUAGCAGUUGUUUAAGUGUAGAGAUAAGAUGCUUUCAUAACAAGGAGAUGGUGGAGUAUAGCAUUGUUUGUGGCAGCUCUGAAACCUAUAUAGGUUUUAUAUCGGAGUGUAGUGGAUUGCCUGAAACGUGGUCACGAAAAUCACUUGUGCUUAAAGUAUAACCGAUAUUUUUCAACUAGGACCCUAAUUCUUAUGGUUUUGUAUCUGACUAAUGGGGAAAACAAUAUUUUAAUAUUGGUCAUGCAGGGAGAGCGCUGCAAUGUAACCCUUCCCGUAAAUCAACCACUGUCGGUGUAUUUCUACUUUAAGUGCUUUUUGGCCACUGACAUGCUCAUAUUGUUAAAUAUUAUUCUUUUAACUGUCUGACAGCAUUAUGGAAAGGACCAUUCAGUGAAUGAAAACCUUUUUCUUUCACUUGAUCCGAUCUGUUAGCCCGGAAAUGUCUCCACCUGAAAUCUUGUCACAUCCACAUUGUCAAAAACAGCAGCCAUGACAUUAAAAUCUGUAAGAUAACACUAAGCUACACUUUCUUUACUCCAACAACAGCGCUCUCCCUAAAUGACCAAUUUAAAAGAAAUGUUAACCCAUUAGUCACUAAGACUAAACUAGAAUAGUGUCCAAGUUGAAAAAUACCAAUGUUGUGCUUUAAUAAGGACAAGGAAGCAGAGUGCUGUGUCUUCUUUUCUGUCUAUCAUUUACUCAGGUGAACGCCUUUUUGCAAGUGGUUUUCCACCCAUGCUGAACAUUUUUCUUCAUACGCUGCUUGCUCUGCCCGUUUCCAGUGAAUUCAACUGCAAAAUGUACAAGAAAGCAGUCAUAUUAAAUACAGUAUGAAUGUUACAUACCUGGGUCUCAACUGGGCAGGUCACAGCAUCAUGGAGCAAUAUUACUUACAACCCUCAUAGGGAACUUAACUGAAAUAGCAGUAGAGGUUAUAUAUACCAUAUUUCACAUGUACAGUGUUACAAGAUCUUAGCUGAAUGCAAAGUAGUCACUCAGGGCUUUGCUGGUCAGCGUAAUUAUUUUCCAUUUAGCUGAACAAAUCUAGUCUGUGUCCUUCUCCGCAGGAAACAUGUCGUAGGGAUGUAAGCAGGGUUCGAGUUAUGUGGGAGCCAAUGGGAGCUGAGCUCCCAUAAGGAGGGGUCUGAGCUCCUAUGAAAGCAGUGAAAUCAUACAUCUGUGGGGGUCGCAUUACCAACAACCAUUAUUUUAAUCACAAAAAAUGCAUGUGGCAAUGUAAUGAGUCUUAUUACUCGUUAACGAGGUAAAUAGGCUAAAAUAAAAACCUGUGUGUGUGUGUUUGUUGCGUUAGUUUUAAAGACCCCCAUAAAACUCAGAUUUUAACUCGAACCCUGCAUGUAAGGUUACAAGUUACAUUUGCCUAUGUUUUUUUUCUGCUCGUAGACACACUAAUUUAUACCGUGGAAAGACAGAAACAGACCCAAAAACAAAUAAAUAACAUAGUUAACCGACAUAUAGGUCAUUGUUUUUGUUACUGACGAUGCUCUGUUUCCUGCUUUGGAAUAAGACAAUGUGCAGUCGGCAUGUCUGCCGUACAUCAGCUUUAAACUCAAAUGAAUUGCCCUUACUUUAAUUUGGUUCGGCUCUCCUCAGACAGGCAAUGAUUUUGGGAUAUUUCUUUCUUUUUGUGCAGAACAACCCUGUUUACUCUGAGUGUUACAUUAGAAAAUGGCAACACUGGUCUUUCUUAUUUCUUGAAUGUGCAGCUUUUUGUGUGUUUUAUUUUGGAUUGCAGAUUGCAGUCUUUUAUUUGUUUUUGUUUUUUUACAUGAUUAAAAUACUUUACCUGUUAAUGUACAGUCUGCUCUAUACAGUAAGAUAGGGAUAGCAGUAAUCACCGAUGUCAAUUAAAACAUUCACAGUGACGCAAAUCAAUAGGCCUAUGUCAAAUACCCCAGUGUAACACUGCAGCAUUUUAUUGGUUUGUUAUUUUUUCCCUUCCCCUCUGAUUGUAAAAUAUUUGUCAUACCAGGCUGAGGGUUUUUUACCUGAUGAUGUGAACAAUCAUUGCAGACUGCAUCCGUUCACGUUGGCUCUUCACCAAUUAAGUGUUAUAUUUCUAUUGUUUUAAGACAUAAAGAGAUUUUCUAUGUGUUGCAUCUGUGUUUUUUUUUGUGUUCUUGCAAAGUUCCCGAAUUUCUUCACCUAACAAGUUUAAAGAAGCCUUGAAUGAUUCGGAAUCACAAUAAAAACAACAAUUUUGAAAA